CAAAGAACAGAAAAGAGAAAGCAGAGGCUAGGAAGCACAGUCUGGACACCUGUCCUCUGAGUCCAGAUCCUGUCCAGCAGUCAGGAUCUUCAAGGCAACAUAAAGAAGGAAAGCGAAUUUCCAGGAGGAACAGGGAUACACUACACAAUGAAAUUGAAAAACUAAAGAAAUCGCUAGAGAAGGAAAGAAAACGUGCUGACAAAUACAGAAAAAGAUACAAGCGCUUAAAGAAGAAUGACUCUCCUCAUUCAAAAGUAAAAGAUGUAACUAAGACAGGCAGGGUAAGCUCCAAAAUAAAAAAAACGCUACUCUUUCAUGAAGCCUUGAUUGAAGACAUAAAGAAUAAGUACUGUAAAGCAAGAAAAGAAAAAGAAAAACAACUAAUAGCAAAGGUAACAGCGGGGAAGAAGUACAGGUUACAAGGAUUUGCUGAAAAUGCCCUUGGAUUUUCAAAGAAGCGUCGCAGUGUUCAGAGUGAAGACCUCUGUUCCACCAAAAGAAAUCCCACAAACAGGUUCACUGCUGCUUUCAAGUCCAAUGUCCAAACCUUCUUCACCCGAGAUGACAACAGUCGGAUAACGACUGGAAGAAAACAAACAAUUACCAGGAACAAGGUGAAGAAGCAGAAAAGGUUUUUGGUUGACACAAUGAAAAAUCUUCACAAAAAAUUUCUCACUGAAAACACAAACAACAUAUCAUACUGCCUUUUCUGUAAGCUUCGCCCAUUUUGGGUAGUACAUCCCACUCUCUCUGAACGGAACACAUGUCUGUGCAAGAUCCAUGAAAAUCUCAGAUUUGUCGUUGAGAAGUUGCAUAAUUUGAGGCUCAUAGAUACUUCAGAUCUCGAGAGUUUGACUAAAAUGAUAACCUGUGACACCUCCAGGAAAAUGUGCAUGUAUGAUGAGUGUGAGGAAUGCAAAGACAAGACUGUUCAGCUCUCCAGAUUUGAUGGCUCAGCAAAGGUUGCAUUCACUCAAUGGGCCACAGCAGAGAAAGCAAGGGAAGAUGUGAGGGAGGGUCCUACCACUGUCAAGAUCACGGUGAAGAAAACAAUGGAGGACACACAAGACAGUCUUGUGGAGUUAUUCCACAGUCUUCUUCAUAAAUUCAAAAGACACACAUUCAACAUAAAUCAACAGUACUCCUACUGCAGAGAGUUGAAAAAGAACCUGUCAAAAGAGGAGGCAGUGAUCCACAUCGACUUCUCUGAAAACUACACAUGCAAAUACAGCUCAGAGGUUCAAGCUGUCCACUUUGGUUCCUCACACCAACAAGCUACUCUGCACACUGGUGUUUUGUACAUAGCUGGUGAAAAAGAUCCCAUUUGUUUUAGCACCGUGUCACCCUCCAAACACAAAAGCCCCCCAGCUAUAUGGGAACACAUGAAUCCGGUGCUGAAUUAUCUACAAGCCACAUACCCACAUGUUUCUGUUUUACACUUUCUGAGUGAUGGACCCAAUACAAACAGAAAGGAAAUUUCUCCCUUUUCAGCACAGAGCUCACAAGACUAAGUCUGAAAGGGGGAACAUGGAACUUUUUUGAGGCAAGCCAUGGCAAGGGGGCCCCUGACGGUGUUGGGGGAACCUUGAAAAGAACAGCGGACAAGCUGGUGACCAAUGGCUGUGACAUACCUGAUGCCCAUGAGCUAUAUAAGGCCCUCACAGAAACAUCUACAACUGUUAAGUUGUUUUAUGUAGCAGCCGAAGCAGUAGAGCAAGCAAUGGAAAGGAUGCCAGGCCAGAUUCAACCAGUGCCAUCCACAAUGAAAACCCACCAAGUGGUCACAUUCACUCCAGGAGAAAUCCUUUACCGGGAGGUUAGUUGCAUGUGCUCCACGCAAAAGCAGCUGAGAUGUCAAUGCUUCAACACACAGCAUUUCACUUUUAACAAGACAGCCCAAAAGGUGCCAACAGAAGCAAUUGAUUGGGAAAGCGGAAACCUAAUUGGAAAGUGGUGUGUGAUUAAAUAUGACAAUGACCUUUAUCCUGGGAUCAUCAUGGAUACAGAUGAAACACAUGCCCUUGUAAAAUGUAUGCACCGUGUUGGGGCCAACAGGUUCUUCUGGCCUCCAAGAGAUGACUUCCUGUGGUAUAUCUUUGAUGAUCAUUUGAAAUCAUUCAAGCACCACAGCCUGUGACAUCCCGCCACAUGGAAAUCCAGAAGGAUGUGUGGAUGCGACUCUCCCAGUAACUGUUAUAAUGUUCAUUUCAGUUUUUCAAAGCAUGAGCAAGUUUUCCAUUACAUCUCCUAUAUUAAUGUCUCCCCUCCCCCAGUUUUUAAAGUUUAAAACCAGCAGUUCAUAUGGAGACACACUUUGUCCAUACCACCCCGUCACAUUGAACCACCCUGUUACAUCACUUACCACCCCGUCACAGGGUCGUUUUGUUAAAAGUUUAUGGAAAGAAAAUGAAAUGUUACAGAUAUUAAUGUUGAAUGAUGUUCUAAUUGUGUGGACUAAUCAAAUAAAUUCAACUUUAUUUGUAUUUUUUUAAGUGAAUUUGUGUUUUCACUACAAACAGUGAGGCAAUUGAAAUGUCAAAUUCAUUUUUCAAGAUUAAAAAUCUAAGAAUAAAAAAAUGAAUUAAAUUACAGACUGUUUAUUAAUGGUUUCCAGAAAAGGGACAUUUUACUAUUAGGAAAACAUACAAUUUUAAAAAUCUAUUAUUUGUUUUACUACUCUAAUGGCAUACAUAUUGUCCGUAACGGGGUGGUACAAGAAAUGCGCCCUGGCCUGAAGAAAAAGGAUAAUAUUAAUAAGGGGUUUGUGCCUGAGGUGGGAAAAUAUGUUUUUUGGAGGGUUAACAUGACUUUCAAGUUGUUGUUUUUAUUAAAGAAGGUUUGUUCUUAAUGAAAAUUUUGAAAAUUGUGAAGUGGAAAUGGCACCCGUUUCGUAUAAUGACUCAUAUGCCUCCACGUCAAUGGUACCUUCACACAUAUGCAGGUCACCCAGGCCUUUUGCACUGAUGCACCACUCAUGUGAUUUUUGAUUUGUCUGACAGUUCUCUCAUGAAAUCUGGUCUUUUAUACCUAUUUUCAGGUAUUUUAGACUCUAAUGAACUUUUCCACAUUUUUAAAAUGAGAAAAACACCAACUUGUUUCAAUACUGAAAAAUAAUGACCUCUGCUUUAUUAACCUUAAAAAAAAAAAAAAAAAAAAAAAAAUGUAUCUGGUAUAAAAGGGUUUCCUCACCUGAACAUUACAAUUUUAGACAAAAUCUCACACUCCAGUAGUUUCCUAAUAUUAUCAGCACAUAAUUGAACAUACAUUUAAAUGUUUUUUUUUGUUUGUUUGUUUUUUUCCCCACGAAAACAUUAAACUCUGAAUUUCUGUGAACUCUUUAAUUAUUUGUAUAUCAUGUUCUAUGUAGCAGCGUGUGAACAGGACUUUUAUUUUGGCGCGGUGAUGCGACGUCGUAAGUAUGCGCCGCGCUCCUGCAUCUGUUGAGACUUGACUGAAGAAAGGUUCGUGUUUAAAGCAUUUAAAGUGUAGAAACCGUUCAAUCAACUGGAAAGUUUUACAAGCGAUGGAAAAUUGUGUAUUGACUGUAGCAUAUUUAUGCUUUAUCUGAAAUAUAUUAACGUCAUUGUUUGUGAGUAAAUAAGCGCGUCCACACACGAGUAACGGAAGUAACUGUUUUCAUUAAAGUGCAGUCUGUGAAAUGUGGUCAUACAAACUAUAGGUCAUAUAUACCUAAAUCUUAACUUUCGUUGUGAGUUGUGUUAUUUAUUAAUGUUGUAGUGCUAGUUUUGAGUGUUUUAAUCCAUCAACUCUCACUCUGACUGACUUCUGAACUAGAGCUGAUUGAGACGAACACAGAGAUUCAGUUCAGAUUUAUGUUUCUUUCUGUUACUCUUUACUGAAGCGCCUGAGAUCCAUGUGACACACUGUUAUAAAGAUGGUGAUUAUUAAAGAGGAGAGUAAAGAUGUGAAGAUUGAGAAAACAUUCAGAGCCAAACAUGAAGAUACUGAGGAACAAACAGGUUGGUUUCAUUCUCAAAGCUGAACUCAGUCAUUUGAUCCUGAUUAAAUGUCCAGCUCUGCAGGAAUGAAAGAUAUUUAUGAAGAAUUGAUAUGAGCGUCCUAAUUAAAGUGGUUUUAUUUGACACGACCCGAGUGGACAGACGUGUUGAGAUCACAUGACCAGACUAAUACUGAUGCUUCAUGUGAACCUGAGAAGAUUCAUUAUUACGACAUGUCACAUGUUAAAUUAAGAAAAAUAAUAAAUAAUGUAGAAGUUGUCUGAACAAAAACAUUCUUAUGUGUGACAUUAAACCCAAUGUCUAUUUCUGAAUUGAACGCAAUGAAAACCAUUAAUUUCUAUCAAUUAAGUGACAGUAUCUGACAAAAAACUGUUAUUUUGCGCAAGGCAAACACUGAAAUGUUAGCGAUCAACUUUACAUUCGGUAGAGAUGCUGCUGAGCAAAUGGGCACUAAUUUUAUAACAAAAUAAUUUUUAAUCAGAUUGUUUGAAUGUUUGUGAGUUCAAAUCAAAGUCUCAAACUGAAUAAAACGUCUGUUGUGACUUUCUUCCGUCACGCUCAGGUGUAAGUGUAGCAUCGUAAGUUGAUCUAGGAUGAACAGGGACUUUUUAGAGAAUUUUUACAGAAAUAGAAUUCAUGACAGUAGAAUAAUCUUUAACAGAAAUAUGACAUUUAAAUUUAAGACACAGUUCGUUAAUACUCAAAAGCUGACCAUCAGAGUUCAAUAACUGACCGACUAAUAAUACAUCAGAUUCAAACCAGUGUCUUAAGUCCAGGACACACGGCAUGAUUUUUGACUGUCCCAGACUAAAGGAUUGGCAUCGUGAAGAGAUCGUGGCUCCUAAUCGGUGCUCUUAUGUCGUACAGUGAGAGAGGUUCAAAGACGGCCUACGAUACAGCAUGAUCAUCGCACAGUGUGUUUGCUGCUACGAUCCACGUUUACUGACCAACCAAUAAAAACGUGACAUGAAAUCAACGCGACAUGAUGCUCAAAUAUAAAACUGCUUGCCUCAAGCUCUUAUCCCUUCCUCUUUCGCCGCGUCCACUUUUUUCAGCACACAUAAAAACUACAACUGCUAAAGUCUGAUUGAUCAUGCUCUUUUUGUUUAGCACUAGCGCAUGCUGAUGACGUUUUAUUCUGCUAUAGAUGGUUUCAACGGCAGCAACAUUAACAAACGUUACUGCGCAUGCACGCUUUGAAGCCCUAACUUAACUUCCGGUAGACUUACAAAUAGAAUCAAUAACAACAGCUAAGUCCCUCUAGAGUAGAUUAUUUUUGAUAAGCAAAAUAUGUUUACUGCGUUAAUCAGACGGACUUAAUAAGAAAUGCAGAUUCAUCCUCUGCCAGCAGGAGGCGCUUUAAAACGGGAGAGCUAGAGGUUUCCCCGGAAACAUUACACAAGCAGCGCUGAGCUUACAAACGCUGCUUUAUCAGACAUAUAACAUGCCAGAUGAAAGUGACAUUGAAAAUUUUCUAAAGGCAAUGUUCCUUCAGAAAUACAGUGAAAUAAAAACACCCGCACCUCGUUUUGAUUUUUAAACAUGCAUUAUGCGCUCAUGUUUAUUCAACGAAGCCUUUUGGAAAACCGGUCAGUUUUGAUAUCGUGGCGGGUCGCCACAAAUAAAUAAAUGUAUGUGAAACACAUCCCACAGCACAACAACCUGAGCCCACCUUCAUUACUCAUCACUUUAACUUUAACUGUGUGUGUAGCCGGAAAUGACAGAUGUUUUUUUUGUGAACUAACCAUUUAGUGGGUGGACCUCUUGUCCCUCUGAGGGGGUCCGUGGCAGUGUUCAUUUAGUUGACGAAUAAUUUGUCAUAAUUUUGAGGGAGGGAAAUGUUUAGUAGGGUAGUAUCAGUAAUACCAUGGAAGGAUAA